CAGUAGGUGUAGUAUUCAGAGAAAAAGCAACUGUAACCUACUAACUAGUAGUCGUCUGAGUGAGACUCCGAGAGCGACCUUCAUAAUUUCCAGAGUUAGGGUUUAUCUUCUUCAUCUGAGAAAUACCUAGAAACAUUAAAUGGAGGGUUCUUCAUCUUCUUCUUCAUCUUUCAAUCCUAAUAAUAAACGACCCUUUGAUCAUUCAUCAUCACCCAUUGAAUCAAAUAACAAUAAAAGAGGUUUUUUUAAGACACCACCACCACCAAUAAAAUUAUCAGCAGGUGAAACCCUAUUUCGUAUACUCUGUCCAGCUAUUAAAACUGGUGGUGUAAUUGGUAAAGGUGGUGCAAUUAUUCGUCAAUUCCGUGAAGAAACAGGUGCUAAAAUUCGUAUCGAUGAUUCUAUUCCUGGUUGUGAUGAACGUGUUAUUCUUAUUAUUGCUGAUACUGUGAAACAACGUAGUCAGAAAGAACAGAAUAGCAAUGAGGUUAUUAGUAGCAAUGCCGGUGGCGGUGGUGGUGGCGGUGGUGGAGGAGGAGAUACCGAAGGUGUUGAAGAUGAUGUUUUGGGUGCAAAUUUGAUACAUUUGGUGGAAAAUGGUGGUAGUGAUGAUGAUGUUUCGCCAGCUCAAAAAGCGUUAAUUAGGGUUUUCGAGAGGAUAUUGAAGGUGGAUGAGGAGAAAGUAGGAGGUUCUGGUGGUGGGGAGAGUAGUGAAGAUGGAGGAGGAGGAGGAGGAGGAGGAGGAGUAGAAGAAGAGGAGAAGGAGAAAUCGUUGAUGGGAACAACAACUUCGACGACAGCACAGAAUUUGAGUUCAGUGGUUUGUAGGUUGUUGGCACCGAGUAAUCAAGUUGGCUGUGUACUUGGAAGAGGAGGGAAAAUUGUCGAGAAAAUUAGGCAAGGGAGUGGAGCACAGGUUAGGGUUCUUCCUAAGGAUCAUAUUCCAGUUUGUGCAAUCCCUGGCGAUGAAUUAAUACAGAUAACAGGGAACUAUUCAGCUGUAAGGAAAGCUCUUUUAGCUGUUUCAAGUUGUCUCCAGGAUAACUUCAGAACUGAUGCCGCCACCUCUACUCCGAAUAAAACGCCUGCUUCAGUGCUUCGGGGCAGUGGUGUGCCUGGUGGCCAGGUAGACCAAUUUCCAUCAAGGGGGUAUCCACCUGGAACUCAUUCACUGGAUUAUCAUUCAAGGGGGUUUGCAGGAUCUGAGGGUAUAGGUGCGAGCCACAGAAUGGUUCCAGAAGAGGAUAUUGUGUUUAGGAUGUUAUGCCAUCUUGACAAAGUUGGCAGUUUGAUUGGGAAGGGUGGAUCGGUUAUACGAGCUCUACAAAGCGACACUGGUGCCUCCAUCAAGAUUGCGGAUGCAGAACCUGAUUCAGAUGAGAGAGUUGUCCUCAUAUCUGCAAGAGAGAAUUCAGAACAGAGACAUUCUUCUGCACAGGAUGCUGUUAUUCGGGUGCAGUCAAGAAUUGCAGAGGUUGGAUUUGAACCCGGUGCUGCAAUUGUUGCGAGGCUUUUAGUACCAUCACAACAGAUAGGCUGCCUGUUGGGUAAAGGAGGUAGUAUUAUUGCUGAAAUGAGAAGAUCCACAGGUGCCAGUAUACGUAUUUUUCCAAGGGAGCAGGUUACGAAAUCUGGCGCCCAAAGCGAUGAAGUUGUGCAGGCUAUCGGGAGCUUGCAUUCUGUCCAAGAUGCUUUAUUUCAAAUUACCAGUAGACUUCGGGAGGCUUACUUCCCAACAAAAUUGCCUUAUCCAAACGUUGGUGCCCCACCUUAUAUGUCUGGUCCACUGGAACCCCCUGUUCCUAUGUUUAGACCAAGACACGAGCCUCCAUCUCCAGGGCAUUACCCUCAUAUUGGAUAUCCCAACAGUUUAGAACAUCCUGCUGGCCCAGCCCAACAUAUGGAGCACCCUCCUGUUCCGAUGCAUGGAAUGGAUCAUCCAGGAGUCCCAAAUUUGGAUCAUGGGCCAUAUUCUUACAGCAAUGAGAGACCAGCUUAUGGUCCGGCCUUUGAUACCCCUUCUCCAAGGUCAUGGGCUCAGCAGCCAGUAAGCACUGGAAACCCUUGGUGCGGUGCAGAUCCAGGGACAGGAUAUAGUUCAAGAGAUGUGCAUAGCAGAAGUCAACUGUCUGUUCUAGCAACCACCACUGUUGAAAUGGUGAUUCCUCUGAUGUUCCUGGGCUGCGUUUACGGGGAAAACAAUGGUGACCUGAAUCAAAUUAGACAGAUCUCAGGUGCAAAGAUAACUGGUCAUGAUGUGAGGCCUGGGAGUGUGGAAGGAGUGGUCAUAGUAUCUGGAACAUCAGAUCAGAUACAUGCAGCUCAGAGCCUUAUCCAUGCUUUCAUCCUUUCCGGGCAGGCGGCAGCCUGAUUUUGAUUAGGUUAAACAGAAGACUUCUUCAUGUGAGAGGAUUCCAUCGUGCAGGGGUGAAAGCAAGUGUAGUACCCUGAAGGCGUUAAGGAGUACAGAUCUGAGGCUAGACUCAUGUCUGUGUAACCUGAAGGUUUUGGUCUUGAGCACUGGAUGUAGCACACAUCUGGUGGAGGUAAAAGUGUGGGGGUGCAUGCUACUUCUCAAGUUGAGUGUGGAGCCAAAUGCAGGCCAAUGAGGCAGAAUUGCAUGUCAAAAGCCACCAGGCUAAGCCUGUUAGAGAAUGAUGCUAGUUGCACUAGAAGCUGGCCGGUUAAGCCUGUAAGUGAAAGGUACCAGCUGAAUUACGUUCCUAUUUUGUGCCCCACCCCAACAGUGCACUAGCUACAUUGCUAAAGAAAUACAAGCAAGAAGUUCCUGAACUUAUGAAGGUAUUCCAGAGUCAGCUUAAUUACAAUACCUAGUUCACACUGAAGAAUUCGGCGAGAUGAAUACACAGUAAUUAUCCGUAAUCUCAAUUCAUAGCGUACACCGUCUUUCCCAUUUUUGCUUAGUUUCUGCAUCUCUUUCAUAUUUUAGCUUUACUCUUGUUUAUGUUUGUUUUUUAAUUUGCAUUAUAUAUUAGGUCGCUCCAGACGUAUGAAAAGACUGAAGAAUAUUUAUUAUGGAGUAGUAUUUUUAUACUAACCGAAGGAAUAAUAUUUCGGGCA